UAAAGAUUAUCAUGAAAUUAUAAUCUUAUUUAUGAACUGUACAUAUACGGUCAUGGGGGUCACUCGUACUAUCUUGUGUGUCUAUGGAGACGACGAUGCAUACAUUAUGUUCCGGCUGCUGCAUCGGAAAAACACGAACAUGAAGUCACGUGAUAUCAAUAGACAAAGCACAGACGUAACAUUUGGCGGUAAAGUAUAAAAGGAGGGUGGACAAAGCGGACACAACAAAGGAAAGGUAAAUCGGAUAUUAAACAGAAAGUCCAACAAGAAAAGGUAAGGUGACGUCUUCUAUAUAUAACGCUUUCACAUUAUGUGAUGAAUUGGAUAGGUACAAGUUUUUUAUUUUGUAAAAAUAUUUAUAUUAAGCUAUAUAAAUUAAGAUAAAUUAGGCUAAGCGUCUUUAUUUAUUCAUAUUCAAUAACAUUGGGAAAGGAAAAAAUUUAUAAUCAAAUCUACCUAACAUUAAUAUAUUUAAAACAAUUAUAUAACAAACGUGUUCGUCCUAUAAUUUAAGUUCAAUUUAAAGAAGAUAAAAUUAUACUCAGCAAGUAUGAACGAAUAAAAUAUAAAUUUAUAUGCCAGUAUACUUAACAGAUUAAAUAAUAAAAAGUCCACCCUCCAAAGAUAUAUUACAUUUAUUACAGCUCAUGGAUACUCGCAAUAUUUUGAUAGUGGGAAGUAGUAUUAUUAGAGACUUACAGUGGACAACAAAUUAUUUUUUCAAUCUACGGGGCCCAAGAAUUUCAUAUUUUGCUAGGGGAGGGGCUACCAUCCAAACUAUAGGUAAUGAUCCGUACUUUUGGGAGGCUUUAGAAGAAAAAGACUUCAUAUAUUUUCAAUUAGGAGGAAAUGACAUAAAAAUCUUCUCUUCACCAAAACAAGUUCGAGACAAAAUAAUACUUCUCAUACUAGCAAUAAAACAACGUCAUCGAAACAUUCAAAUAUAUUGGGGACAGUUAUUGCGUCGUGCUGCUUCAAACACAAGCAGGUUUAUACACAACAGCCAACAGGAAAAAGACUAUAACGAUCAAGUUUGGCUGAUAAAUGAUAGCAUACAAUCUACGGUAGAUGAUCUUGGAGGAGUUUAUUUUUGGACCCAUCGGAGAAUAAAUGACUGCUGGAGGGAAUGUUUGAGGAGUGACGGAACACAUUUGAAUGACAAAGGAACAAAGAAAUUAUGGCGAUCUAUUCGGGGUGCUAUUAUUUUCUCUGCACCUAUAUACCGUAAGUAUGAGUGGAUAUGCAUGGGCAUAAACCUUACUAUAUAUACUCCUUGACCAUAUAUAUAGGAGAUACGCAUUGUUUAUUUAAGAUUUCGUGUCAGUAUUUUACGUGAUUUUGGGAAUAAGAUGCAUGGGCACAAAAUGAAUAUUUACCUAAAGUGCAUGACGCUUCAUGCCCGUAUUAGCGUUUUAAGUGAGGUGCAUGACGCUUCGUGCCCGUAUCACUAUAUAUAUAAAGUGCAUGACGCUUCAUGCCCGUAUUGUUCAGUGUUAUAUGUGAGGUGCAUGACACUUCGUGCCCGUAUCACUAUGUAUAUAAAGUGCAUGACGCUUCAUGCCCGUAUUGUUCAGUUUAUAUGUGAGGUGCAUGACGCUUCGUGCCCGUAUCACACUAUGUAUAUAAGUGCAUGACGCUUCAUGCCCGUAUUGUUCAUUAUUAUAUGUGAGGUGCAUGACGCUUCGUGCCCGUAUCACACUAUAUAUAUAUAUUAAGUGCAUGACGCUUCAUGCCUGUAAUAAUAUACUAAUUGGCUGGCAGGGCCUAUCUCUGCUCUGGGAGUCACUGGCACCCAUAGAAUACUAACAUUUUUCAGGUCAUGAGUCAACCUCCAUCUAUACCUCCACCUCAUCAAGGAUUCAUCAGGAAACUACUGAUAGAAACUCCAGAUCAGUCAUGGAAGCAAGAAGACGGAGAAAUCCCAGGGCCUUCAUGGAGGGUAGAUACAACAGACACAAUUGCACAUCAAGGCAUGGGCCACACGGAGGCAGGAGAGAACGCGUCGCGACCGCUAGACAGGGGUCUAGCACAGCACACCGUUACAACCAACGCAGACGCUAAUCAACAAUCUCCCGUUCAGCAAAAUUCUUCUACUCAGUAUUUGGUUCUUACUCUUCCAAAUGAUUACAACGGUGAUCCUCUUGUAUUACAACAAGCAAUACAACAAGCCACACAACAACAAAAUACCUGGGAAAAUCCAGGGGUACAUCAACCAACGCCCCAAAUAAAUGAUACACAAAGAAUAGGAGAUAAUUCUACUAAUUUAAAUAUGGUAGGGACCAACACAGUUAAUGACACGAUUGCGGGAUAUAUGGGUAUUCCGCAAACUACAGGCUUUUCGAAUGGCAGCUCCUAUGGCCUUGAAAACGCCGUCACUAGUGCCCAGCAUAUGGCAACCGCUCAACUUACUACGGAAUUGACAAAUACUUUGGAUUCGGCUCUCGCGAAUAACACAAAGAAAACCUACUUAAAAAUUGAACCGCUUCUGCGACAAUUUUAUGAGACGACCGGGAUACAGGCGUUUCCCACGGAUCCAUUCGUCACAGCCUUAUGGGUACAAUUUUUAAGCAGAAAGUAUUCUCCUUCGUCUAUAAAAACAUUUCUUGGGGCGCUUAGCUAUAAAUAUAAAAUGAAUAACUUGCCAAAUCCAACGUUAACUUACAUAGUUAAACAAACCAUUCUGGGUUUAAAAAACAAAACUCCAAUUAAAGACAAAAAAUUACCAAUAACACUCCCGAUAUUACAUACUUUAUUAAAAAAUGUAGACAUUCUUUGUGGAAAUAAAUAUGAAGCUCAUUUAUACAAAACGAUGUUUCUGACGGCAUUCUAUGGAUUAUUCAGAAUUGGUGAAAUCACGGCAAAACCCUCGAUACAUACGCUAAAACAAGAAAAUGUAUCGUACGACGCGCCGAACAACAUCAUUAGGAUAAAACUGGACUCAUUUAAACAUUUCGAUGGGAUUUCCAACAACGAAAUAGCAAUUCGACAACAACCGAAUAUAUGUCCUGUAAAAACUUUGAAAACUUAUAUUCAAUUACGACCAAGUUGUUUCAACCCACAUUUUUUCAUACAUGAAAAUGGUUCAUCAGUUACAAGAAAUCAGUUUCAUUCAAUACUUGAUAAAUGCCUUGGUUUGUCCAAAUUAGAUCAAAAAAGAUUUAAGGGUCAUAGUUUUAGAAUAGGUGGCACAACAUUAGCAGCACAGAGGGGUCUUGCUGAUCAUCAGAUAAAGUCCUUGGGUCGGUGGCGAUCCUCGGCAUAUCAAGGAUACAUUCGAUAAAGGACCAACCAUUAAUGAGAACAGAAUUUAUUUGAUUAAAAUAAUAUGAGAAAAGAAUAAAACUUAAUAUACGUAGAUAUGUAAAUCAGAAUAUUAACAAGAUGACUUAUGAAUAUAAUAUUAAAUCUUAUAUAAUGUAA